AUGGGCUCGCGACAUCGUCAGAAGGUUCCCAUUGAGAGAAGUUGGUUUUUUUUUCUUUCAACUUCGAUUUACAAGAGUAAAAGCAGCAACAUAAUGAACCUGCGAAGCUCAAAAAUCUACUUAUUUUGGACAAAUUUCGAAAAUUUCCCUUAUUUCUUGAACUUUUUUCCAGAGUCCCGUGCCCCAUCUUGUCAUGGUUAUCGUCCUCGUUGUGAAACUGUCACGGAAACUUAUACAAAAGAAGUUUUCAUGAGGUUUGUCGAAUAUUUUGUUGUAGGGCUACUGUAGCGAAUAAGUGUGCAAACACGCCCGUCUGAGUUUUUGCGUCAUCGCAUUUUUUUGAAAAUUUUCUGAGUUUCUAUUUUAAUUUUUCUUUUUUUAAUUCAUCAUGUUUCUCAAUUUUUUUCUCCGUUCUAAGUUUUAAAAAAAUAGUUUGUUCAGUCAAGAAUAGAUGUAGCCUGAUAAAGCUUGUUUACAAGCGCGCAAAAAUGAAUGCAAGUUAUUGUUAAUUUUUGAUUCCUUGAAAAUUUUCUAUUGAGAAAUUCCACUUUUUCAGCUUUUUUUCUUUAGACAUUUCUUGUUUUUAUUAUUGAAUAAAAAGUUAUUCAAGUUUUUUUAUUAUCUGAAAACUCACUUUUUAGGCCGGCGCAACAUGGUUCAACCAGAAGAAGGCCUUCCUCUUUGGAACCAUACUGUGAAGAUAGAAAAUUGAGGUUUUUCUUUUCAAAUUUUGAAUAAUAAUACAGAUUUUCGGCAUUUUCAGAGACGAAAACGGAAAUCGGAUUAAUUCCCGACACUUUCCUGUGGUAAAAGUCGACUGUGACAGGGAAAGACCGUCUUCCAGAGUUUCUGAAUAUUUCCGAGAAACUGUCGAUUAUGGUGAUUUUGAGGUGGUUUAAUUUUCUCUCUGCUCUUUUUCCGAAUGUUUCAAAAAAGUCCUUUUUCCAAUAUUUCCUUGAAAAUCAGUGUAGAAAUUAAGCGGAGUUUAGAAAUUUUUCCGUUUUUCGAAAACUUCUCCUUGAAGGACUAAUCAGUCCUAACUAAAGAAAAAUCUAGAAAUUUCAUUCGAAUUGUAUUUUUGAUAACGCUAUCUUCAAUAUUUAUAUAAAUUUUUUUCCCAGAAACAUCGUCAAAUCCGUCGAGAAGCGCCGGUGUCUCACAGAAGACCCUUGAGGACGUCACCUCCAGAAGUGAUAGUGACGUCACCGUCGCCGAGGGACGGGGCUCAGAAGACGGUGCUCGUCCGACAUUCAGAUGACGUCCCACUUCUAAAACCCACCGUCAGGACGCCUUCUCCUACAAGAGAUUUGCCUGUUAGAGAGGUGCAUCGGCGAAAUACGUCAUGAAACUUUCGAAAAACAAAAAUAUUUCCAUGUUUUGAUAGUAGAAUUUUCGAAGUUUCCAGAUCCGCUAUGAUAAAAAACUAAUCGGCCAUGGUUGUACACCAUCUGGACAUCGUGAAUCGAUCAAUUUAUACGGAAAGGUGAUAAAAAAUCGAUUUUUGAUCAUUUUGAGUUACUGUAAUUACGUAAGUUCUGUGCACACGUUCGUCAUUGCGUACAAUGCGCACGGCUACGACAGUUCCUAUUUUUUUUUGUGAUUUCUAAAAGUUUUUUUGUUUUUUUCUCAUUAUAUUAUUUUUUAUAUUUUGACUACGUCCAAAUCUCAGUCUUUUUUUUGCUUUAUAUUGUUGAAGUUAAGAAAAAAAAAACUUUGUUAGGUUUUAUGAAGACUUUUAUUUCAGUUUUUGUAGUCUUCUUACACCGAUUUUUGAGAUCGGUUGUUAAUAUUUAAAAAAGUUUUCAGCCGCCCCCAUUGAAGGCGCCACGAGGCCAUCUCCGUCACAUCGACUCCUCUUCGGAUUCUUCUGUAAGCGAUUUCGGAGACGUCCGAAAUCGACACAACAUUUUUGUCGACGCCGCAACUGGCUAUCCCGUGCCGCCGUGUGCCGAUAAAAAAGGCCUUCCGAGGAUCAAUAUUAAUGUUAGAUCUGCCGUACUUUGUUCAAAAAUCCAUCCGGAGGUUUUAAAAGAAACAUGGAGUUCUUAAAAAUAAACUAGGAUCAAUAGAAAAACCAUAAUUUUUGAAAGCCGUUGUUAGGAUUUUUUUAAAGGAGCAUAGAUUAUUUUCAUGAAGGUCCUAGAAAGAGUAAUUAUCAAAAUUGAUGAUAGAAAUCCUAUAAUUUUUAAUGGUUCAUGUUGAGAUUUUUAAAGGAACAUGCAGUUUUCAUGAAUUUCUUAAAAAGUUGAGCCGUUUACUGUGUUAUUUCCGAUCGGUUUAAAAAUCAGCAAGAAUUUUUUAUUUUCAAGUGUUUCACUGCAAUUUUUCACGUUUCAGGUUUAUUUCAAGCCGGUGGAAAAGCCGAUUUCGUCGAAUCUAGAAGAAUUAGAUGGAUUCAAACCGUGUAGUGAUUUUCUGAUCAAGAAGCCACUGGAAAUCGAAUGCUUGUCAGUUUUUGAUUUAUUGAAAAAAUGAAAAUCAAUUCUUUUAGGAAACGAGAAGACAAUGAGCUGCAGACGUGUGUGAUUCCGGCUAUCCCGGAUACUUGGUUUUUUUCGAAUUUUGAUUUUUUUUAAAUGGCUCUCGUUUUUUUAAUUUUUCUGGUCUUCAUGGAUUUUUUUGGUCAAGAGUCAGAUUUUUCAACGUUUUUGAAAAAUUUCAUAUGCUUGAUUUUUCUGUUUUUUUAUAGAAAAAAAUUCUUAAUUUAUUUUUAAAUUAGGUUAUUUUUUUGAUCAUAUAAUAUAGUAAUGAACUAAAAAAAUAGGUUUAUUCUCAAUUUUUUAAGUAGUAUUCAUUUAUUCAAGAUGAUUUUUCCAGUAGUCCCUCACCAACGGCUCCAACGCCACAGUUCCGCACAAUCACCCCGUCUUCUUUUUAUCAGCAGAGAAAUGUUGAACGGUUUUUUGUUUUUCAGGGUACUUGAAAACCUAGAGAUGUCUAAUUUUUAGACAAGAAGAAAUUCGUCAAUCGUCACGGUUCACAGACGCGUCGAGAACUUGUAGAACACCCGAACCGCAGAUGUAAUAAUAUAUUUUUCUUUUUUUAUUGAAAUUUGUAGUUAUAGGGAUAGUUUAAGUAUAUCUCUUCUUUUUUUAUUGAUUUAGGUACCGUCAGAAAAUAUACGAAAAAAAGGAUUUUUGUUCACAAAUUUUUUUGAAUGAAGACUAAUAAUUCUGAAAUUUUCUGGAGUUGCCAUAACUAAUAUCUAAAAUGCACUGGUGGAGUUUCAGCUUCCAAAAAAAAUCUACAAGAAGUUUCAGGAAGAUUAAACUCCAUAGAAGAAAGUUGUGAAAAAGUGAUUAUUUCGUAUCUUUUGUGACCGGACUGUAAAUCUUGUUUUCUAUUGAUAAUUCGCCAGUUUUAUGAGGUAUGAUGUUUUGAAAACUGUGUCUGUUUAUACAAGUUGAUAUAUCUUGAAAACUCUUCGAAAAAGAAUCCGAUUUAAAUAUAGAAAAUGAGCUCAUUUCACGAUUUUUUUUACUUUCAAGGAAUUUAAUGAUAUUGACAUUUUUCAUAGGUAAUUUCAUUUUUUUCAUCCGGUAGGAUACUUUCAAAACUGUCUUUUUUUAUAUACGUCAGGGAUUUCUUGAAAAAAAGAAGAUUGUCGCUUCUCCCAUAUCAUGACUUUUUUUAACUGUAUUUUUCCAUUUUUUUGCUCAGUUUCGCAGAUUUCUAAACCCAAAUUUAUAUAUGAAUUUUUUUGAUUCUAGAUCCAUAAUUUAUAUAAGGGCUCUAGAAAAAAAUAUUUUUUUAAAAAAAGUAAAAAAAUUUAUAAGUUGACUUUUUUUCCAAUAUCUCCUCUUUCAAGUCCUUUCCUAUUUUUUUCUAUUUAAUUUUUCAACUUUUUACACGUAUGCCGUGUUUAAAGUACCCUUGAUUUCGCCGAAUCGCUUUGAACAUGGCAUUAAAAAAUGCUGAAGUUGAAAAAAAAAUUUCAGAAGGAAUCGAUUUUUGCUUUCAGAAUCGACAGCAACUUGAGAUCUUCUAGCCGAACGACUACAGUUCGUUCGAACAGUCGAUCAGAAUCUUAUGACAAGUUUUCCUGAAGUUCUCAUCGAAAUACAACGAAAAAUUCGAUUUUAGGACCAUUUUUGGAGAAAAAAUCCAGCGGCCCCCACUCCCCCCGCGCAAGGAAUCUGAAUUUUCGUCUCGGAUGUGAAUAAUUUCUCACUUUUUUGGUUCUUUGAAAAUAUAUCCAUUUUUCACAUAAUUAUUGCCUUUUUAUUGAAUUUCCAUGGUUCGUAUUUUAAUUUAAUCAUUUUUUUAAUUGUUUAUUUACGUCAUUUGUCAAAUUUGUGCUUGAUUUUUUUAGUCUGAUUUUUCAAAACUUGUCAUAUUGAAAGCAAAUUUUUUUAGGACUCCUCCGGUGGCUCGUGGCGAGUAUAUUUGUCAUGGGUAAGAAUUUUCCCUUUUUUUUUUUACUUGAUUUUAUAAUUUCGUAUCAAAGAUGAAUUGAAUUUUAAACUUUUUUGAUAGAAUAAAUUGAAAAUUUUCGACAAUUUUAGCUUGUUUUUCGGUUUCGAAAGUUUUUGAAAAGCCAGAAAUUUCUUUGAUUUUUACUUCGAUCUCUUUAAACAUGUUUUGAAAAAGUUAUAUCUUAAAAUUUUAACUUAAGAAUUUGUAUAGCAUUCCUGUAUUUUUUCAUCGAAAAUGACGUUUUUUUUUUGGUUUCAGAGAUUUUUUUAAACUUCUUCUAUCAGCUUUACAGGACUUUAUGAUGAUUUGAAAACAUUUUCCAUAAAAAUUUCCUUUUCCAGAACCCCCAAAGCGCCCCUGGCAUGUCCUGAAUCGUGCCGCCUGGAGUGAGAAAAUUUUUUUUUACCAAGAAAUAUUGAAUUUUUCCAGUUCUCCAGUACCGAUUCGACCUCCUUCUGUACACACUGUAUACACGGAGCCCCUGUGUAGAGUGUUCGUUUUUUUUUUUCUUGAAUUUAGAAUUAUUCAUAAUUUUUCCAGACCCGAUGUAAAUCUAGCCCCCGCCGUCCAAGUCGCCAGGAUUUGUGAAGUUCCCAGGUGAUUAUUGGGUUUUUCGAUGAGAUUUGGAUGGUUCAGGCUGAUAGAUAUUACCGUUGAAGAUUUUCGCAAAAUCAUAAUAACAGUUAUAGCCCAUUUCGCGCCAGCUUGUCCGGGUUUUCUUCUUCAAAAAAGAUCUUAUGUAUAUAUAACAAAAGUGACCGCGACACGUUUCAAAAUUACAGCAACUACCGUAUAAAGCUCUACAAAACUGAAAAAAAGCCGAAAAAAAGGUCUCGAAGCGAAUUUUAUCUAUAUUGGUAUAGGGUCUUCUUGGCGGAAAGGAAAACGUGAAAAGCUGAGUGGAAUGAGCUAUAAGACCAAACUUCGCUUCAAGACCUGUCUUUUUGCUGUUUCGUAGAGAAAACAUGCAAAAUAAAGAGCUGUUUACGGUUCUUUUUUUUACUGCUGUUCCUUCAAGUAGUGGCCCUAUCACGCAGAAAACACUAUAGAGUGAAAACGAUGACUAAAUUUUGGAGGGCAAGGCAUAAUUUUUAAUUUCGCUUCGAAAACAGCUUCAUGGUCAUCGUAUUCAUUGAUUGGACUCCUUGAAAAACCUGAACUCCUGAUGCUUUGUAGCUCAUUACACGCCAGCUAUUCACGAUUCUCAUUUCCCUCUGAGCUACAAAACUCUUCCUUUCAAUGCGCGUGGCUUUUCUUCGUGUAUGCGCCUUUAAUAAUCCGAAUAAAAGACGCACGCACAGAAAUAGUCCGCGCGCUUUGAACGGAAUGAUUCUCGAUUGGAGGAAUGCAAGAAUUGUGACAAGCUGGCGGAAAAGGCCUAUUCCUACGGAUUACAUGUGUGACAGUUUCUUCAGCUGAUCUUUUAAAAUUUUCCCGUUAAAUUAAAUACUAGAAAUUUUUUCUAGGAAAUCCGACUACCCACAGCCAGUCUACAACGUUCCGAUUCAAUACGGCGGCGAGAAAGCUCCCGAAUGUCAGCCUCAAUUGAUCAAAUCUUCCUCCUCUUCUUAUUCUAGGUACUAAUUAUAAUUUAUCCUAGAUUAGGAUACAAAUUAAUUUCAGAAGUUCAAACACCUCGAUGAAAUCGGCCCCAAAAUGCCCUCCAGAACCUUCUCAAAAGGUUAAUUUACAUAAAUUUGAAAAUUUUCCCGAUUCUUCAGGACUUUUAUAACCAAGAAAGAAGAAUGGAGGAGGUUGUACACGUUCGGGAACGUUAUGAACGUGACGAAACUGUUCGCCGAUUUUAUCCAAUGACCUCUGUUUGA